AUGUCUAUUCCGGAAGAAUGUACUGUGCUGGUGGUAGGUGGUGGGCCAGGAGGGUCAUAUGCUGCUUCGGUGCUGGCACGGGAAGGAAUCUCUACCGUCUUGCUAGAAGCCGAUGUGUUCCCUCGAUACCACAUUGGCGAGAGCUUGUUGCCGUCCACACGAGAGUUCUUGAAAUUCAUUGACGUGUAUGACAAGUUUGAAAGCCAUGGAUUCAUUCAUAAGGCACGACUAACUCAGCACUAUCUAGACACAAACUUCCUUGCAUUUGGUGGACAUGCAUGGAAUGUGAUUCGGUCCGAGUGCGACCAGAUUCUCUUCGAACAUGCGGGAGCUAGUGGUGCCAAAGUGUUCGAUGGAGUGAAAGUCAAUGGAAUUGAGUUCCUCCCCACUGGCUGCCAGGAAGGCCAUGACAAUUCCAAGCAAGGACGGCCCGUUUCUGCCUCCUGGACACGCAAGGACAAGACAGCCAGGGGUACAGUUCGAUUCCAGUACUUGGUGGAUGCCAGUGGACGAGCAGGCUUGGUUAGUACCAAGUAUAUGAAGAACCGCCGAUAUAACGAAGGCCUUAAGAAUAUCGCGACUUGGGGAUAUUUUGAGGGAGCUGGAACGUAUGGAAAGGGUACACCCGCAGAAGGGGGCCCUUUCUUCCCCCGGCUACAAGAUGGAUCCGGCUGGGCGUGGUUUAUUCCUCUUCACAACAACACAACCUCCGUUGGCGUGGUCAUGCAACAGGCCAGCUUCACAGCUAAGAAGAAAGAGAUGGCGUCGCCUACAACGCGCGACUUCUUUCUGACGCACAUGAAAGACGCUCCAAUGAUUUCUGAAUUGCUGGAAAACGCCACACUCGUAUCGGAAGUCAAAUCAGCCACCGAUUGGUCGUACAGUGCCUCAAGCUACGCUAGUCCUUACAUCCGCAUAGUUGGAGAUGCCGGGUGCUUCAUCGACCCUCUCUUCUCUUCGGGUGUGCAUCUGGCAUUCACCGGAGCGCUCUCUGCCGCCGCCUCUAUCUGUGCGUCAAUCAAGGGGGACUGCACCGAACAGACGGCGGUCACCUGGCACUCGGAAAAGAUCCGAGAGGCCUAUACACGGUUUCUCCUGGUGGUCACUAGUGCAUAUGCGCAAAUCACAGGACAGGAGCGCCCUGUAUUGAAUGAGUAUGAGGAGGAAAACUUUGAUCGUGCCUUUAGCUUCUUCCGACCUAUCAUCCAAGGGACUGUGGAGAUUGGUGGAGGAAAGCUGAGUAAACAGGACGUGACCGAUUCAGUGGAGUUCUGCAUGCGAGUCAUUCGUAAAGUGGAUGGGACCACGGACAUAGCUCCAAACGGGAAAACACUGUGUGAAGAUGAACGUGGCGAGCUGACGUGUGAUCGCAUAAAGAAGGCGGAACUCAAGUCGGAUCUUAACAAGUUCCGUGUUGAUGUGGUAAAUGGGAUGACCGUCAAUCUUCAACAGGGAGCCCUGGGGCUGGUCCGAGCGGCUUGA